AUGGCAACAGCUGGUCCACCAAGUGCAGAAAGCUAUCAAUCCAUGGAGCGACCUACUUCCGCCCAAGAUACAUCUCCCCAAUCUACACCAGGCCCAGGAGACACUCGAUCUCCCAGCCCUCAAAAGUCCAAGUCUCGCGGUAAAUUUUGGUCUUCCAAGCGCACGAAUGAAAAUACUGAGAGUCCCAACACCGCCCAUGCGCCUUCGCCCAACGAUCAUCCUGAAAUUUCCACUGUGGUGAGAAGCCCAGAGAUCUUACCUGGCCCAGAAAAUGCGGCAACUCCUCAGGCCCAUCCGCGAAAUGGUCAUGAGCAUGGAAAAUCAUUCGAAAGUUCAAGAAACAGGGACUUUGGCACUCCUACUGCUGAAUCCUAUGGGUCAAUGAAAGCCUACAAAGUUUACAAACGUAGAUUUGUGGGGCUCUUUAUCCUUGCCCUCCUUAACGGUAUCACAGCCGCCAAUGCUGUCUUGUUCACCACUAUUACCUCGCAAAGUUCGAAAUUCUUUUCAAUAUCGGUAACAAGAGUAAACUGGCUUUCAAACAUCUUUGCGGUGAUGUAUUUGAUUUUGGGAUGGACAGUGCCAUCACUAGUUGAGACUUGUGCAAUCCAAGGUAUUUGUGCAAUGGCGGCUAUUGCAAUGACACUGGGCGCUUGGUUACGAUAUGCGGCGUCUUGUGUUCCAGACAUUCAGUCCGAUGAUUAUAUCAUGCCACCAUAUCUCUUACUGUUUGUUGGAUCGAUGUUAAUAGGAGUAGCUCAACCUAUGUUACAGAUCAUCGGUCCAAGUUAUAGUGAACUCUUCUUCACGCCGAGAUCUCGACUAGCAGCAACAAUGUUGAUAGCGAUCUCAAACCCAUUGGGCCAAGCGAUAACAGAUUUAGUGGUUCCAAAGAUCGUACCAGAGAUUUCUACUCAUCGUGAAAUUCGGUUACUUCUCCUAAUCAUCGCCAUCGUCACAAUGAUUUUCUCUUUUACGGUACUUUUCAUUCGAUCACAACCACCUACUCCGCCCUCGAUGACUUGUGAACUUCCAAGACUUUCAUCAGGCGCUUCUUGGAGGGUUCUUUUUGGCGGACGUCAAAAAUCCACAACAGAUGUCGAGGAGAAAUCAGAACCUGCUUUAUCUCGUCGAGCUACCGUCACUGUUGUUCGUCGUAACUCGGCUCUUCAAUUCGAAUUGGAACGUCCCAAUACAUUUAACUCGGAGACCGACGAUGACCAUUCGGUAUCCUCUGAGAGUCUAGGUAAACUUUCCAAGAAGAGUCGGGUUGAUUUGGCGCUGUUGGCAAUUCUAUUUGCAGUCAUCAUGGGGGCUUUCACUGCUUACACUACAUUGAUCAAUCAAAUCUAUAUCCCAUAUGGUUUUGACUCAACUCAGGCUGGGCUCUUUGUCGCCUCUUUGAUCUUCCCUGGAGUAAUCGCUGCAACUGUCUUGUUACCUUUCAUGGGCCGUUCCUGUCCAAAGAUAUGCGUUCAGCUUGUGAAGAUUUUUGGACCAUUGAUCGGUUUAGCAUAUGCUGGAUUAAUUUGGAUUGUCAAAGGACGUGAUAUGGGUGGAAUUCACUUGACGAAUAUAUUGAUCGGAGUCUUUAGCUUCAUGACUGUACCUAUUGUUCUUGAAUUGGCUGCGGAUGUGACUUAUACGGCCAUGAGACCAGAGUUCUCUAGUGCGCUCUUGUACACAUCUGCUAGUGGUGUCGCUUUACUCUUCUCUGUCAUCAUGGAAGCCUUACAAGGAAGUGAUGAUGGACCUACCCCUCGUGAUAUGUAUCGAUCUCUAAUCUUCCAGGGUGGAGCUGUACUGUUAGCUGCUCUGACUAUUAUUGGUCUACAAGGUAAACAACGUCGACCAGAUCUCAAAACAAGAAGAAGAUCUAGAAGAGCACAGGCAUGA